CUAGAGUGUAAAAGUAUGCCAAAAACGGUAUCCAAACAUAGAAUGGUGUUAGAGUGAAAGAUAACACACACAAACGGUGCUAGAGUAUAACAUUAUCUAGUAGUAAUCAUACCGGAUAGUGAGUGAGUGAGAUUAGUAAAGCAAUCUAGUCAUGGCAGUCGCAAUACCUCAAGCCAUUUCUCUAGCGAGGGUCGUCUUCCUCACCAAACCAAUCCAAAGAGGGAGCUUCACCACCUUACAAUCUAAGAAUCAUCGGAAGCCCAUCCUCGUCUUCUCUCUCCAGCAGACUCAAAUAUCUUCUUCUCCCCUCACGACUCUCACAUCCAAAACCCCUAAUAAAGAUGAGCAGCAGCAAAAGCUUUCCUUCACCAUCGGCUACCUUAUCGACUCAUGUGGAUUAUCUCCAGAUUCCGCCACCGUAGCAGCUCGUAAACUCUUACUAGAUUCUCCGGAACGACCCAACACAGUUCUAAACCUUCUUCGUGACCAUGGGUUCACCGCUGCUCAAAUCUCUACUCUCGUUAAGAAACGUCCUGUUCUCUUAUUAGCCAAUGCUGAGUCAGUCCUCCUCCCCAAACUCAGUUUCUUCCUCUCCAUCGGCGUCUCGAAAUCUUUACUUGCUCGAACCUUAGCUUCUGAUCCCACUAUUUUGACUAGAUCCCUUGUCAAUCAGCUUAUCCCUUCUUACAAUUUCCUCAAGAGCGUGCUUGAUUCCGACGAGAAGAUCGUGGCGGCGUUGCGAAGGACGACUUGGGUUUUCUUAGAGGAUCAUACCAAGAAUCUUGUACCCAACAUCACCUACAUGGCGGAGACUGGUGUGCCUCAGAAAUGUAUUCAGCUGCUUCUCACGCAUUUUCCUGAAGCUGUGAUGCAAAAGAGCCACGAGUUCCAAGCUAUUGCUAAGCAAGCUCAAGAGAUGGGCUUCAAUCCUCAAAAAUCAACCUUUGUGCUCGCGAUUCACGCCCUUUCUGGGAAAGGAAACAAAUCGAUUUGGGACAAAUGCUUUGAGGUUUACCAGAGAUGGGGUUGGUCGGAAGCUGAUAUUAUGUGCGCUUUCAAGAAGCAUCCGCAUUGUAUGAUGUUGUCUGAGAGGAAGAUCAAUAGAACAAUGGAGUAUUUUGUGAAUGAGAUGAAUUUGGCGCCUAGAUCUAUCGCCCAGUGUCCUGUGGUGUUGUUCUUCAGUCUGGAGAAGCGGAUUAUCCCGAGGUGUUCGGUUACUAAGGUGUUGGUCUCGAAAGGGCUUAUGAAGGAAGAUUGGAGCUUGACUUCAUUGUUGGUUCCGGUGGAGCAAGUGUUCUUGGAGAAGCUCGUCAUCAAGUACGAAGAGGAGUUACCUGAGUUGAUGGAUGUGUAUCAAGGAUGCACCAAGCUCUGAGUUUUUGUUUUCGACUAUUUCCGUUGUCAAAUCUCAUAUGCUGGAAACUGAGAGACACGAAUUUUUUUGGAAAGAGUUUAGUGUUAUCCAAUUUUUGUAGUUACAAAUUUUAGUUGUACUCAAAGGGAAAAUAAUAAUAGUAAGACAUAAAAUGAUGAGAAGCAAA